AUGCACAGAAACUGUAGCACCUACACCACCUGCAAAUUUUCAGGUUUAAAACGAAAGAGAGAAGUUUCGGAAAACAAUGAGCAAAGGCCAACGAAACGAUCAAUCUUUGACUGGCAAAGAGGAGCGACGAGACGUACAGAAAUACGCUCUGCCACCUACAUCACUCACAAGUUGAUAGGCUCUAAAAGGAUGAGAGAUACCACCCAAGCAUCCGAAGAUAGUGGACAAGCGACAGUAGAAGAAACCACUUCCAAUUCAUCUACUCCGACUGAACAAUACAAAGAGCUGUGCACUAGCAAGGAAUUGGAGGAAAGGUGUGUUUCCAAUGAAUACAAGAUCAUAGUGCCGUGA